UGGUUUGCCAUAAACAUCCACAAUGACAGGCGUUUACGAGUCUCCGAAACCCAGAAUCAAUGCGUCGCUGUUGUCUCAAUACAUCGGUCGACCAGUCUGCUUCGUUGGACGCUUAGAAAAGGUGCAUCCAUCAGGAAAGGCUCUUAUUCUGUCAGAUGGAGAAGGAAAGUCUGCAUCAGUGGAGCUCAAUGAUCCUCUGGAUGAAGAGCUGAGUGGGAUUGUGGAGGUUAUUGGGAUGGUGUCGAACAAAGGAACAGUUAUGGUUGUUUCAUAUACUCAGUAUCGAGAGGACAAAAUCUCUUUCGAUCUGGAGCUGUACAACGAAGGCCUGAAAGUUCUCCAUGAUUUUCCCCAGCAUUACCCGUUUGAGGUGUCGUUAAGUGGUUAAACACAGCACUCAUUUAUUUGCCUUUUACAGUUUCUGGAUAAUUGGAUAUUUACUGUGUUUGUAAAAAAAAAACGAUGUAAACGUUGUUAUGUUUUUGUUACUUGAAAUAAAACCUUAAACCCCUGAUCGCAUUAUUGACCAUACAUUGACAAAAUAAGGUAGGAAUUCGUCUACUGAUUUACAG